AUGACCUCCAUCCCUGACGGUGCUGAAGAAACAACCUCGGCCGUUGUCGAUGCGCCAGCACCCGCACCGCGGCCCUUGUCACCGUCACCACCACCACCACCGCUGGUCUCGUCCGUUGAUGAGCAGCCGCAACAAUGCUCACAAGAAGCACUGGACGCCGAGCAGCAAGAUGCUUCACUCCCGCUGCCCCUGCCCGCCUCGCCCAUGACACGCCGGCCCAAGCGGCCCCUCGCCGCAACUACCGCCCCCAUCGCGCAGGGUCGCAGUCCUCGCGGUUCGGCCGCGGCGCAUUCUGCAGCAGCCCCCUCCUCGGCGCUUCCGGCACCGACUACAAGGCACCAGCCACGGCGCUCACGGACGGCGACAGCCGCGGCAAGUCGAACGACACCGUCACCACCAAAGCCUGCACCACCACCACCCUCCUCGUCAUCGCCACCGUCACUUGGAAGGGCUUCAGUGCCGCCGCCGAGGGGCAGUGCAGUGCCCUCUGCUGGCGGUCGCUGCACGUCAGCGGCUCGCACGCCGUCAUCACAGCGGCAGAAGCGGCCCCCACAGCCCGGGGCUGCACGCCACCUCGCAACAGUGGCGAAGCGGGCGUCGUCGUCAGCCGCAUCGCCGUACCAAUCACUCGUCGACGCUGUCCUGGAUGAGCAGUUCACGACUGGAUCUAGCUCGCAGCAGCAGGCGGCAGCGGCGGCAGAAGCCACAGGAGUGGCCGGGGGUGGGGGCGACCCAAUCGUGGUUGCGGUGGUGCCGAGUGAACGCUGGGCACGCGGCGGCGGUGUAGCAGCGCGACAGCAACGGCAGCGUCAGACGCCUCGCCGAGCACAGCGCCUCGCUGUCACUGGUCGAACUGAGGAUGACACCAGAGACACCGAUGGUAGCGAAGAUGGCGGUGAAGCCGCGACCUCUGCGCUGGCGCCGCUUCACCAACAAGCCUUGCAACUCGAGCCGCUUCCACCCGUGGCGCCUGCAUCAGCGUUGAUGGAAGAGGUAUCGCUGGCGGGCGGCGACGAUGGCGAGCUAGCGGAAACGUUGGCGGACGCCUUCGCCGUCGCACCAACGCAGGCACGAGCAGCUACGCAGUCGGCCGCGCAGUCGGUACUAGCGGCAGAGCGCGCGCGCCUGCUACACGACAGUCCCUGCACGGUGGUCGAGCGGGACGCCGCGGACGGAAUCCGGAGUCUAGAUCCAGAGGCCCGGGAGCGUGUGUGGCGGCCGACGACAGAACCGCGCAUCGUGGCACGCGCCUUCGACCGCGCUGGUGCUGGCGUUGCCGCAAAUCGCGCACACGCAACCGCUGUCGCCUCGAGGGCACCAAAUCGGACGAGGACGGCUGCAGCACUGCCUGCGCUGCCCGCAGCAGUGGUCGAGUUUCUGAAAGCCGAGGCUGACGCCGAGGCGGCUGUGAAGGGCACAGUCGCGAUUACCACUGGCGCCGCGGAGCGCCAAAGACGUGCCGUAUCGCCACAACGCAGCCGCGAUAUCGCGGGUGCACGCGCCGGUGCCUCGUCGGCGUCACCCCCCGCGACAGUCCUAUCGCCGGCAGCCGAGAGCGCAGCAGUCCUACGAGAGCUGAAAGAUGUGCAGCGACGUCUGCACGAGCACGGACAUCGUCGAGGGACCGCCGCGGCGGAGGCCGGAGCGACACCACCGGAGGCGAAGGCACACAGCCCUGCCGCAGCACCGUCCAACAGCACCCGAGGGCCGGAGAGCUGCUCCCCCUGUGACAUCUCCGUCACUGCCUCGUCAGUCUCAUCGACUGCAACCAGCAGCAGCAGCAGCGCGGCAAUGAAGCACAGCGAGCGGCACGGUAGCGCUCGCAGGAACCGCAUGGUGGGACCCCGUCGCGCCAGUUCCGAGUACUGGGCUACCGCCUCCCUAACGGAGGUCGUCGACGCUCUCGAUGGACGGUGCGCCGCCGCCACAGCGCGGGGGCACCGAAAACACAAGCGGCAACGUGGCCAAGCAGACUUUGACCCCGUGAGCUAUGCCCGGCGUCUGCUAGACACGGCCGCCCGCUCGUGCACCUCGUCGACCGUCUCCGACGACGACGACGGCACGUACACGGAUGCCAGCGAUGCCGGGUACAACCCCACCGGCCCCCGCCGUCGGAGCGCAGAGGAAGGCAUAAGAAGUGAUGAGCGAGGUGAGACUAUAGAGGGCAGCCAUGAUCGCCGUUCGCGAAGCGUGCCACCUGCGUCGUGCGGUCCCUCGCCAGCGGCGCUGAAGCGCGAGGCGCUCCUCCGCUCCGGCCCGACGUGGGCCACGGCGGCAGCUGAGCUCGGGCUCACCCCGACGGAGGUGCAAGACCUCCUACGGUACAGCCUCAGCUCUCCCGACGCUGCUGCCACAUGGCUUGUGGCCAGCAGUCGCUACACACGUGAUGGCAAGCGAGUCGUCGAAGCUGCGGUGGAUACGGAGGCCGACGACGGCGUUGGUCGACAGCGCGCAGGGCUGGAGAAGAAACAUAGCGGUGAAGGCGGGUCUCCGUCAGAUGUGCGCCCACGCCGCCCACAUCGGUUGUCCUCCGCAUCGCUGGAUGUGGCAACGCAGACUGCUCUGGUGCAGCGCAUCGUCGCAGCAAUGCCUGCCAUCCCUGCCGAGCUGCAGGACGAGCUGAGCCGUCAGCGCCGUCUUCUGGAGCGAGUCUGUCGCGAUGUGAGCUGCAUGAGCGCCCCGGCACACGCUGCCGUGCGAGCACGCCUGGUGUCGCCGACAGUGUCCUCUGCGGCUGCUCGUCAACCGUCGCCGGUGGAGUUCAACACCAGUGCGAGCGGAGGAGAGGCGCUGACAAGUUUAUCGGCGGCCCCAGAGACACACGACGUGCAGGUGCAGCACGAGGUGGAUCAGCAGCUGCUGUUCGCGUCCCUACCGCGGCCGGCGGUACAGGCGUUGAAGGCCGUCAGCGGCCUUCGCGGUGCCGCAGCGGACCCGUCACGGCCACUACCACCCUUCCACACCGUCGUGGCGCGCCCCACACUGUACCCUGCACCUCAAACUCCAGCGUUGACAACGGGCAACGACGCCGCGGUGCCGCGAGAGCCGUACGAGCUCGCGCUGCGCGAGCUCGCAGAGCGGGAGACGCGCCACUACGUCAGCGAGCUGGACCGUCUCCGCACCAUGUACGACCGCCAGCUUCAAGAGGAGCGCCGUCAGCGCCAGCAGGAGCGGCGGCAUUAUGCCGAGCUCCUCCAGAGCCAGCAGCACAAGAUGCUACGUCACCAUCGCGAGACAAUCCACCUGCUGCAGCGCGAGUGUCGCUUACAGCAGCAGCAGCAGGAGUCUCUCGUCCAGAAGCUGACCGCCUCGCAAGCGGCGGCAGCGCAACGCCAGCAAGCUCAGCAUGAGCAGACGACGAAGCACAUGCUCGCAGGCGCCGUGGACGUUAUGAAGAGCUACGCGACGGCAGAGGGUCCUGGAAGGGGCGGACAAGCGGAGGUGGCGGUAACCUCCAGAACCAUGCAGGAGCAUCGACGGCAGCGGCCGCGCGUGCAGUUCAACAGUGCAGCGAGCGGAGGGAGCAAGAGCAGGCGGACCGUUGGCAGCCCGACCUCCUCACCGACGGCGGCACCCAGCCCUGAUGAUAGUGACACCAGUGACGCUGGAAGGAUGCACAAGGCGGCACGCGCUGAGGACACAGCCGUCUGUCUGCCUGCCGUCGACGCCACAUCGAGAAAGACUCCGUUCGACGCGGAGCAUCUGACCUUACCGCAGCCUGCCAGCAAUGCAGCGCAUCUUACGCUCUCCUCCGUGUCGUCCCUAUCUGUGUCACCGUCACGGAGCGCGCUCCCGUCGCCGCCACACCCAAACGCCGGCAGCAACGGUGGGCGAGCGCCGAGCGCGCGCAGCACCACGCAGCCCGCACCUCCCGCUGCGGCCCUGACAGCAGUUGGCAGGAGAGGAGACCAGACCAGCACCGCUACCGUCACACUAUCGGUGGCCCCGUCUGUAUCAGCUCUUGUGCCAACACUGGCGGCUGCCACACCAGCAGGGGCAGCGGUUGCCAGUGCAGGACCUCCCACGAACACACCAGCGAUGCUGCGUGCCGUGUACGGCGGCGAUGCUGGGCCACCGCCGCGGCAGCCGCGGACACAGGCACGCAUGACACUCCCUCUGCACGUGCGCCUCCCUCCUGAGGAUGAUACGCCUACGCGCCAGCGUCUCGGCGUGGCUGCGCUGGAGGCCGAGUUGUCUGACGUACGCGCGGCCGCGGCAGCGCGUGAUGCCGGACUUGCGGAGGGGACACGCCUCUAUGGCGUCGUGCCUCACCGGCCUCGCCUCUCCCACGCACCGUCCUCCUCCGACACCGGUGAGUCGGCAGUGGAGCGACUCAACCAGGCUGCCCCGCGCAGAGCGUUGUCGGCGUCGCCGUCGUCCGCGGCCGCCAAACGGCAUGCGCGCACCCCCGACGGCGAGAAGGUGGUUGGGAGGAGAAGCGCAGAGUUGCGGCGGAGCGGCAGCGGGCGUGGCCGUGGCGGUCGAGGAGGGAGAGGCCGCGUUUUGAAGAGCCCCGGGCUCUCCACGGGCCGACGUGGGCGACGCACAUCACCGCACGUCAUCGUUGGCGGAGGAAGCGGCGGCAUCACCGGCCGCACCAGGCGCCAUCUCCGCCACCGCUUCGACACAGAGGUCGUGAGCGAGCUCUCCAGCGAGGCCGGCACAGCGCCCUCGCACACGCAUCCUCUGCACGGUGGGUGGGGAACACCGGCGCCGAACGUGGCCGCGUCCUCCACUGCAUACCCGUCGUCCGUCGCCCCGCAUGGCGAUGUGGUGGACGGCCGCGGCGUCGCGCCAGAACCCGCACAAUACAGAGGUAUAUGGUCAGAGGCCAUGCGCGUGGAUGACCAAGGCGCUGACGGCGGGACGGGCCCGUACCAGGAAGCGACCGAUGCUGCCGGGGUGACGGCGGGCAAGCCAUCGGUUGGGCGGCUGCACGUGGUCCUGAGCCAGCCGGCUGGUGGUGAAGCGGCAGCAGUCACGUGCGCAGCGGCCUCGCCGGUGCCGUGCAUCCCGCAGGCGGUAGAUUCGCAGCUACGAGCGGCGCUGUAUCACCGCGCCGGCGUCGUGAGAGAACUCCGCCAUAAGGCUCCGCCAGGCUCGUCGCCGGUGCACGACGACGGGUCAACGGGCGACGCGGAAGGGCGCGCCGCCUUGAAUACCGCGGGCUCCCUCCCUCCCUGCGACGGCGCCUUCUUCGGCGCCCCAGCCGAAGUUCUGAUCAACGCCACGGACAACGGCGCCGUCGGAGAUGACGGUGACGGUGCGCUCCCAAGCAACCUCAACGUGGCGCCGGUGCCGCUGGUUAUGCUGAGCGACUACGCACGUGCGUGGACGCGCUAUGCUGCCGCGGAGCGCGAGGUGGAGAGCCACGCGCAGGCGCUCGCGGCGGAAGACACCGGCGUGCUGGAGGCGGUCUCCAUCGCCCAAAGGCGUCGCCGGCGCGGUCAAGGAGAGGCGGACGACGCGGUGUCUGCCGUUGUUGUGACAACGCCCCUCCCGGCCAGCAGUGCCGCGGCAGUGUCCUACCGCGAGCAGGAGCUCGGCUAUGGCGACCCGGCGCUGCGGGGAGGCAGCGUGCAUGUUUCGCCGCGCAUGGCCGCAGAGGCGCGGGCACUGACGGAGGCGCGCCGGCGCCUGUCGGUGAUCCGAGCAUGCUUCAUCGCGCCGCCAUCCCUUGGCGCCGCCAGCGCACUCGGCAGCGCAUCCAUGGGCAGGGUGACGGAGUCGGAUGCCGCUCUGCGAGACGCCGCACUCGUUCGCGAGCUCGUGGAUGCAACGGUGCUGAGUGUGCUGGAGGUGCAGGCCGGAGAGGCGCACGCAGACCCGGUGCAGCAGGUGAUGGCUGCCAUAGAACACGAGAUACUGCGCCUCAUGCUGGUCGGCUGCCUUGAAGAGCGGGCAGAGUUCGCCUCUGGAACCGCCAAGGAAGAGAAUGCGCAUCCGCCGCGGGCACGGUCGCAUCAGCAGCGGCGGCUGGACGCCGAGCUCGCUCGCGCGCUCGCGGAGGCAGCACUGGAGGACGCCGUGCACGCCGCUCUAGAGCGCUCGUGUCAGGACAAGAAGGUGCGCCAAGCCGCCGCCGCCACCACCUCCUCCGACGCAAUUGCCACCCCCACCAGCACGGCGACGACGACGGCGGCGGCGGCGGCUCCGGCUACACCCAUGGAUGCAUCUUCGGCGGCGGAGGUCGAUCUUCGCGAACACGUAUCCGUCCCCCGCACCACGUCCACCGCGUGGCUGCAAGAUGAGCCUUCGCCGCCGCAGACAGCGACACCGCCGCAGCCGAAGGACAUGGGGGAUGCGGAGCGGGAGGCGAGCGCGAUCACGGCGACGGUGGCAGUGAACCUGUCACCACCACGUGACGACAACCGCGACGCCACCAGCUCUGCGACGCUGCUGGCAGCAGGGCCAACGCCCCAAGAAGUGCGCGUUGUGGUCGACAUCAGUCCCGUCGUGCACCACAUGAUGACGUCGCGCAUCCCCGCCGGCGCCGUGCCCGCGUACGACUGGCAGCAGCAGCUGUACUGCCCGCCACCAUACCCGCCAAUCCGAGAGGAGCAACUCCCCAGCCGAUGGAUGGCGCUCGAGGACCGCCGGGACGUCAUUGUGGAGGCUGAGAGCCCUUUGGUUGUGACGGAGGCGAGGGCAGAGCUGCCAGCGCCAACUAUGGCGGUUGCAGAAAUGGCUGGCGACCACACGUCUGUUGCUGUGCCAGCCACCGAUGGCGGCGGCCCGCCGUCGCUGGCUGUACAAGCACCUCCUCUCCCAGCCUUCGUGCCGCUGCCAACAACGGCUGCCGUUGAUGCGCCUUCCGCACAUGUGGACAACACAGCCACCCCAGCAGAUCGCACAGCCUCGCACGACGCACCACAGCUCGCGCUAAUACGCCUGCUUCAGUCAGCGCUGCUCGACCAAGAGCGGCUGCAGCGUGUCAACCUAGCUGACCGUGAGGAGGAGCAGCGUCGCGCCUACGAACUUCUCUGCGAGGUUGCGAAGGUCGCCGCAGUGCAAAGGUCGUCGACAGCACCGGCAGCAGCCGUCGCACUGCCCUCAGCGUCCGCGGCCGCGAUCCCCACGGCCGAAUCCCAGCUUGCUCUGUCGCCACAACUUGUGGUCAACGCGGUCGCCGAUGGAACACGGCGCGAGGACGUGGGGACGGCAGAGACCGCCACGUCGAGAUUCCGCGCACCGUCGCCGUCGCAGCCUCCGCCCAUUGCGACUCCCGCGACCUCCGCCUCGCGCUGCACUACGCCGCCGCGGUCGCUCGUGCGGGACCCGGUAAUGGGAUUUGUACUGGAGUGGGUGCGGCAGUUUGGCGCCUUGCAACAGCAGCAGUCAUCGAUGCGCGGCGCAGCGACCGCCACCUCCUCGGCUUCCCUGGUAGACGGUCUCACCGCCGCGGCACGGACGGCGGCGCGGCACGGCGCGCCACCGCCUGCACAGGCUGCUGGUCACCGAUCACUGUCGGGCCCCUUCAUGCGAUACGCCGCGUCACGCCCCUCCACGCGCAACCUUGGCUCCUCGACGACAACGACGUCCUCGUCGCUGCUGUCGCCGUCGCUGCCGUCGUCGCUGCACACGCGGUCAUCGUCGUCGUCGUCGCUGCUCGAAGACGAGGCGUGGGGGCGGGCGAGAAUAACCGGAGAUCGGCACAGAGGCGAGCAACACGCCCGUGUGCCGCACCGCAUCUCAUCCGGAGCACCUGUAGAAACAGCCCGAGCCUACCUGGGUGCACCAACACGCAAGACACGGCCGGUACUCGACACGCAGCGCGACGACGCCUCUGCGUGCACGGCGACGACACGCUACACAACAGGGCGCAGCUCCGUGGCGCUCGCUCCCGCGGACGAGGUGCGAGAGGGCAGACCAGUGCUGUCCGGUUCGUCGGGCCUCCUCCCUCCUCGUGCAUCCGCCGAAGUGCAGGCGGCGAUGGCUGCAGCGCUGCGUGCGCAUCAGCAGGCCAGCCGUGCUGAGGCAUGGACAGCGGCGCCGGCGGAUUGUAGCCGCUUGGGGGCGACCGACAUCUCGCAGGGCUCGGCCGUGGGCAACAGCUCCUACGCCGUCUCGCUGCCCGUGCGCUCCGCACAGGCGACAGCCGCCAUCGGAACACCACCGCCGAUGGCCGCUGCAGCCGUUGUGCCCCCCAGCAGUCCCGCUAAGCUGCGUGCCCCUCCACCCACAUGGUCCGCAGCGACACGAGAGGGCGUCGAUGCGCGCCACGACAGCAACGGUGGAGCGAAGGACACGGUAGAUGAGGCGUGGAAGCUGAUGCCGUCCGGGCGUACAGGAGACAAGGUUGCGGGCACAGUUGCCGUCGUUGGACCCCGCGAUCCCCGGCAACAGCGCAUCACCCAACCGCGGCCGAGGUCACCCCUUCGCACCGCUGAGUGGGCGUGCGUGAGCUUGACAAGCACGUCUACCAGCAGUCACAGCAACGAUCGCGGUGGCAACGGCCGCGAACCGAAUCAUGUGCACGCUGCUGGAGACAACGGCUUUGCCCCGCCUGCGAUAAGCGAAGCCGCGCCGGCAUCAUCCGCGCUGCCGUUCAUGUCCGCACGAGUGCGCGGUGCAACCGUCGCCGCAGUGCCCAUGCCGUCCUCACCGUCGUCACGGCACAACCGCGGUGACCUUCCCCAAGCACAGGUGUUACGCAUCCAGCAGGAACAGCGUGCCAGAGCAGCGUGGCAGCCCUCGUAG